AAACAUGUUUUUGUCAUAUUUGGCAGUUUGUAUAACAACAAGUAUGGUGCUUGUUCAAUGUCGUGAUUGUAAAGAUUAUGACCUAUCGGCAUCUGACCAGUCUUUACUUAUGAAGCACUACCUUCGUAACUCUAGAAAUGAGGAAAGCCUUUCAAAAGGAAAGACGAUCGCCUCAGGUGUGACGUAUGCAAGGUGGGGAAGGAAAGAAUGUCCAACAGGAGUAGAAACGGUUUAUACAGGACAAGCUGGUGGUAACCAGUAUUCACAUAAAGGAGGAGGGGUUAACUAUUUGUGUCUACCAAACAACCCCGAUAACGGAGAACACUUUCCAGAUGAAACUAACCAGAUAUUUGGUGCCGAAUACGAGCUUGCUUCCUCAAAGUUUCCAUCAGGAAUGAAAAACAUAAAAACUUUACACAAUAAAGAGGUGCCAUGUACUAUUUGCUACCAAAGAAAAAGAUCAACUGUUCUGAUGAUACCAGGGAGGAAAACCUGCUACAAAGGCUGGACAUUCGAGUACAAAGGAUAUAUCAUGUCAGAUCAUAAAGAUUACAGCAGCAAAGAAUAUGUAUGUGUUGACAAAGAUGCCGAGCCUGUCGACAAUAAAUCUAGCAAUGAAGAUGGGGCCUUAUUUUAUGGAAUCAGAACCAAAUGUGGCAGUUUGAGGUGUCCACCAUACAAAGAUGCUACAGAUGUGCGAUGCGUUGUUUGUACAAAAUAA